AUUUUAAAAAAUAAAAAAGAAAAAAAAAAAAAUGGCAACUGGUAAAGGAGGAAAAGGAGGAAAAGGUGGAAAAGGAGGAAAAGGUGGAAAAGUAGGAUCUGGAAAGAGUAAGAAAAAUCCUUAAUCAAGAUCUUUCAAGGCUGGAUUAUAGUUCCCAGUAGGAAGAAUUCAUAGAUUUUUAAAAAGCAGAGUAAGCUCAAAGAAUAGAGUUGGUGCAACCUCUGCUGUAUAUACAGCUGCUAUAUUAGAAUAUUUGACUGCUGAAGUAUUAGAAUUGGCAGGAAACGCUUCAAAAGAUUUCAAAGUGAGAAGAAUAUCACCAAGACAUUUAUUAUUAGCAAUAAGAGGAGAUGAAGAAUUAGAUAUUUUGAUUAAAGCUACUAUUGCAGGAGGUGGUGUUAUUCCUCAUAUCCAUAAGGCUUUACUUGGAAAAUCCACAACUAAAAAUAGAUCUAAACCAAACGAAUAAUAAAAUUGAUUUUAAAUUAAAAAAUUAAUAUUUAUAAUAUUCGUUUAUUUAUUUUUAUAUUUAUUAUUUUUUUGGUUUUUUCUUAUUAAUAUUGUGUUUAUU